ACGAGGAUGGGAUCCGCCGCAGGCUUCUAGGAAUCCCACUCUAACCAGCUUGAACUGAGUAUGGCGACCACUGUCGGUAAGUUACCCGAGUUCCAACAAGAGGACAAUAACUUCGAGGUAUACCUGGAGCGGUUCGAAGUAUUUGCCGCGGCCAAUGACAUCGCGGAAGACAAGAAGCUUCCAAUCUUUCUCACGGCUAUAGGUGAGAAGGCCUACGUCACGCUUCGGAGCUUGCUGCUGCCUAAAACACCAGCUAAGACGUCAUUCACGGAAGUUGUUGACGUUCUGAAGAAGCAUUACGCUCCCAAGCGCUCCGUGGUCACCGAAAGGUAUCGUUUUCACCAGCGAAAGCAAGAGCCGCAUGAGACUGUCGCAGACUUUAUAGUCGAAUUGAAGAAACUCGCGGCAACAUGCGAAUUCGGUGCCUUUUUGACCGAAGCAUUGCGUGACCGGCUCGUCGCUGGAAUACGUACCGAGGGAGUACGGUGCAGGCUAUUGGCAAUGCCAGACGAGGAAGUAACGUGGGAACGCGCAUGCAGCGUAGCCAUGGCCAUGGAAGCGGCAACACAAGACACGAAAGAAAUGCUGCAAACCAGUUCUAAAGGAGCAGCUGUAGAAACGGAGGACAUCUACUGGCAACGGAAAAUCUCACAACCGAGUAAAGCACCUUCGAGGGAAGCGCCGACGCAGUCCAGCUGGGACAAGGAAAAUGGGGCAGCGAAAGAACAAACGAAAAGAAUGUGUCAUCGUUGCGAGGACAGCAUUCACCCGUGA